GGGACCUCCCCAUCUGAGUGGCUGUAACUCCGAGGUCUCUCUCAUACAAGCUGCACAGACUGGCCGCUGACACAACCACAAACCUUUGGAGGAUACAUCAAGCCCUCUUGCCACCGCAGUCCUUGAAGUGGACUCACAUUGUUCUGGAUCGUCCCGCUUGGUGGUGCAGUUCAGUCAUGGUCCUGUGCGAGGACAGCGAGUGCAGCGUCUGCCUGCUGCCGUACUCCCGGAUGGACCGGGUCCCGCGUGUCCUCCACUGCAGACACACCUUCUGCGAGCUGUGUCUGGACACCAUGUCGCAGGCCAGGAGCGGGAUGCUGCACGUUCGCUGCCCACUCUGCCGCCGUGUGACCUGCGUGGGCCUCGGUCUGAGCCUGCAAGAGGCCCUGUGGGUCGACAGCGAGCGGUGGGACCAGAUCCCCGACGGCGUGGCAGCGGGGGAGGACGGGGAUGAGGACGGGUGCCAACUCAGAGCUGGGGAGGCGAGGACGCAGGCCCAGCAGAAGCCGUCAUUACAGGCUGAGUGCGCUUCCUCCAGGUUGAGCAGAGCAAAGCUCAAACUGCCCGCCUUCCUCAGGAGGCUGAGUCUGACCAGGCAGCACCAGGAGAGGAUCAUCCCGGGCAGCAACGUGGAAAUGAAAUCCUGGCGCAGGCUUUCGGCCGAAGAGACUUUUUAAGGCGGCGGAUAUGACAUGCAGUAGAUCCCUGGAGGUCGUUUGGGAAAACUAGGCUCAGCUCGGGGAGGGAAGCUGCGACCGUUGAGGGCCGUGGAUCCAUUUGUAUCCCUGUGAAGACCCUGUUUUGUCCUUGCCAAAGGUCUCCCCCUUCCCUCCCGCCUCUCUGUCGCUCUUUCCCAUUAUUUAUUCUGGGCUUAAUUCUCCCAGCUGGUGCUGUGGGAUUCAGUUCAGCUGUCCCAGUGGGGCAAAGACCCCCCAAAAAAACCC